GCACCCCUGGUUUCAGUUUGGAUACGACGCAGUUUUUAUUUUGAGUUUGUUAGGCAGCUAGACUCCAAACUGAAAGAACAUGGAACAACUUUUUGUCUUUAUUUUUUAAUAUGCAAAUUACCAACCGGGUGGAAUCCUUCUUCUAAUCGUCAUAUUAUAAGAUUAACCCGGACACGCCUACGGAAGGGAAGGAAUUCACUCUGCUGCCAAACUGAAAGAACGGACAACAACAUUUAUUUUUUUAUAUGCAAAUUACCACCCGUGUUAAAUCCGUCUUCUAAUCGUCAUAGAUAAUAAGAUGUUGCAGAACUUCAAUCCAUUCAGAGGAACUGCCUGGCGGGAUGUGGGGCCAUACACCUUAUUUUUUCAAUCUUAGUUUGAUUUGUUGAAACGUAUACAAAUUGGCCGCCAUGUUCAUUUCCAAUGCUCAAUUCAUGUUAAUUAUGUAUUUAGUUUUAUUCGAAUUAAAUGUAAUUGGAGAUAAUAUUGCACCAGCAAAGUGUCGCCAGGCAGAAUACCGAGUGGGAGAUGAAUGCUGUCCUACCUGUCCACCAGGGAUGCAUGUUAGUAGACAUUGCACAGAAUUCAGAAGUACAUCAUGUGCAUCUUGCACGGAAGGUACUUUCCAAGAUGGCGACAAUGGGCGUGAACAAUGCUUUUCAUGUAAACAUUGUGAUCCAGGUCUCGGUCUGAAGGUGAAGAGGUCGUGUUCAUCAACAUCAGAUGCUGUGUGUGAGGUCCUGGAUGGAUUCUUCUGUAGUGACUCUAACGGAGGUGGAUGUAGGGCCGCUCAGAGACACACGGUUUGCCGUCCUGGUCAAUAUAUCGGUCAAAGAGGAACAGCAGAUAAAGACACAGAGUGCCUUCAAUGUACUCAUGGAACAUUCUCAAAUGGCACAUCAUCGUCUUGUGAGAACCACAUAAAUUGUGAAUCUGUGGGACUGAAACUGAUGAAACCAGGAACUGAUUCAACUGAUUCUGAAUGUGGAGAACAUGGUCCACAGGCAGGACUAGGGGCAGGAAUAGUAUUAGGAGUCAUACUGGGAAUGGCUUUGAUAAUCGGAGGCAUUAUUCACAGGAAGAAAAUAAAAGCUUGGAAACCAACCUCACCCUCAUCUUCAUCGCCAAACCGCUUAUCCAGGGUCGGGUCGCGGGGGCAGCAGCUCUAGCAGGGGCCCCAGACUUCCCUUUCCCGGGCCACAUUGACCAGCUCUGACGGGGGGAUCCUGAGGCGUUCCCCGGCCAGUGUUGAGAUAUAAUCUCUCCCCCUAGUCCUGGGUCUUCCCCGAGGCCUCCUCCCCACUGGUCGUUAUGGAACACCCCCCAAGGGAGGCGCCCAGUGGGCAUCCUACCAGAUGAACCCCCUCCACUGACUCCUUUCUAGGCAGAGCAGCAGCGGCUCUACUCCGAGUUCCUCAGGGAUGGCUGAGCUUCUCACCCCAUCCCUGAGGGAGAGACACCCUCCUGAGAAAACCCACCUCGGCCGCUUGUGCCCGCGAUCUCACCCACACACCCACACUUCAUGACCAUAGGUGAGGAUAGGAACAAAGAUCGACCGAUAGAUCCUCAUCCAUGGUCAUGGACAUCCACCCUUAAACAAAAACAGAAUGAAGAUAGGAGAUCUGACCUUCAGCCAAGCAAACCGAGACUAGGGAGCCUCUAUCCAGAACCGAGACUAAUGGGGAGCCUCUAUCCAGAACCGAGACUAGGGAGCCUCUAUCCAGAACCAAAACUAAUGGGGAGCCUCUAUCCAGAACCGAGACUAAUGGGGAGCCUCUAGCCUCCCACCAGAGACCUAAGAGAAGAGGCUGGAGACGCAGUUGACAGUAGACUUGGCGAAGAAAAAACUCUAGCCACAACACUCCACAAUGCAAAAAGAAAUGCGGACUAGGAUGGUUUCACGAGGCUAUGCCUGCUCUGGAUUGACUCUUCAAAUGCACGGACCAAUCAGAUGGGUGGCUAAAUACACGGACCAAUCAUCAGCAGAGUUUGGCACAGAAGGAUUUGGUAAGAGUGAAGAGAGCGAGAGCAAAGAGAGUGAGAGCAGUUGCUCAAAUUAUCGCUCUGUUUAUUACACUCCAUUCGGAUUGAGAUACAUAGAAUAAAUGUUCAGAAAUGUGCCCUACAUGUAAAUAUCAAAUCAAUAUUUAACUAUUUUUAUAUGAUUUUUUUACGACCUGCAUGUCGUAUGUAUAGAGGAGAGUGGGGUAAGAUUACUUUGUCGUUCAACUUACCCAUGAUCCAGUGAGGUUAAGUUGAGUCUCUAAAGUUUAAAGUGGGAUUUCAAUGUAGUAUUACACAACUGACUUGGUUUUUUGUAGAAAACAUUGUAGAAAAGCAAUUAGGCCAAGAAAGAGAGAGAAAGGAGAUGGAGAGAGCAGCCACUGAUGUCAAGGGUGAAAAUCCAUCAGAGCAGUGGCAAAAUACAGAAGUAUUGACACGUUUGAUAUUGUUUAAAGUGAACUUAAGCAAAUAUGACUUUUUGGAAAAGGAAAAUGCUUACAACUUGUAAAAGUAAAUGGAUGAAUCUACCCCCACAACACCUGCAUUGUUAUCAAUUUGAUUGACAGGGGAAAUCCUGAAGUAAAGGUAGAUGUUUUCAUCUUACUUUUUUUAUUUUUCCUUGCCGAGAGGACAACAUGAGUAAAAAUGGUCUCAUCUUACCCCACUCUCCCCUACAUAAAAUGAUAAACCGACAAUAAAAAAAAGGUCAAAUUACAAAUUA